AAACAAACAAGACACAAGUCCACCCAAGACUCGAACCCAAAACCGCGUCUCCUUCUUCCUUCCGUCCUCAUUUUCUCCUCUUCCUUUUCUCUCAUCAGUCCACCCGACCCAACUAAAAAAUGGGAAACUGUAAUGGCUUACCUUCCACUCCCUCUUAUCUCCGCCCGUACGAUCAUUCUCCCUCCUCCAUGUCAUCAUCUUCUUCACCUCACCCGCCGCGGCGGCCACAACCACAGCCGUCACACCAUCCACCUUCUUCUUCCAAUGCGGGCCGGGUCCUGGGUCGCCCCUUUGAAGACAUUCGAUCCACAUACACAUUCGGGCGUCAAUUAGGUCGUGGCCAAUUCGGUAUAACCUAUUUAGUUACUCACAAAAAAUCGAAACAAAAAUUCGCUUGUAAAUCAAUCGCAAAUCACAAACUUAUCAAUCAAGAUGAUAUUGACGAUGUUCGUCGUGAAGUUCAAAUUAUGCAUCAUCUUACUGGUCAUAGAAACAUUGUUGAACUUCAUGGUGCGUAUGAAGAUCGUCAUUCUGUUAAUUUGAUUAUGGAAUUGUGUGGCGGUGGAGAACUUUUUGAUCGGAUUAUUGCUAAAGGACAUUAUUCCGAACGUGAAGCGGCUAAAUUGUUUAGACAGAUUGUUACUGUUGUGCAUAAUUGUCAUUCUAUGGGUGUUAUUCAUAGAGAUCUCAAACCUGAGAAUUUCUUGUUUUUGAGUUCGGAUGAAGAUUCGCCAUUGAAAGCUACUGAUUUUGGUCUUUCUGUAUUCUUUAAGCCUGGAGAAGUCUUUAGAGACCUUGUUGGAAGCGCAUAUUAUGUAGCUCCUGAGAUUUUACGUCGUAGCUAUGGUGCUGAGGUUGAUGUUUGGAGUGCUGGAGUGAUAUUAUACAUCCUCCUUAGUGGAGUUCCACCAUUUUGGGGAGAGAAUGAGCAGGAAAUUUUUGAUUCUAUUCUGCGGGGCAGUCUUGAUUUCAGUUCAGAUCCAUGGCCUUCUAUAUCUAACCCUGCCAAAGACCUCGUGAUGAAGAUGUUGCAACAGGAUCCUAAGGAGAGGCUUUCAGCUCAUGAUGCUUUAAAUCAUCCAUGGAUGAAAGAGGAUGGAGAAGCUCCUGAUAAGCCAAUUGAUAUUGCUGUUUUGACUAGAAUGAAGCAGUUUAGGGCAAUGAACAAACUAAAAAAAGUAGCACUAAGGGUAAUUGCCGAGAAUCUUUCUGAAGAAGAAAUUAUGGGUUUGAAGGAAAUGUUUAAAUCUAUGGAUACAGACAAUAGUGGAACUAUUACCUUUGAAGAGUUAAAGGCCGGUCUUCCAAAGCUCGGAACUAGACUUUCUGAGUCUGAAGUCAGGCAGUUAAUGGAUGCGGCUGAUGUCAACGGUAAUGGAACCAUCGAUUACCUGGAGUUCAUUACAGCUACAAUGCACAUGAAUAGAAUGGAGAAGGAGGAUCAUCUGUACAAAGCCUUUGAGUAUUUUGAUGAGGAUAAGAGCGGGUACAUUACCAUGGAAGAAUUGGAGCAAGCCUUGAAAAAGUAUAAUAUGGGUGACGCCAAAACAAUAAGGGAGAUAAUUGCAGAAGUUGAUACAGAUAAUGAUGGUAAAAUUAAUUAUGACGAAUUUGUUGCCAUGAUGAAGAAAGGCAACCCUGAUGUACUUACAAACAGACGGAGGAGAUGAUUCGUACGACAGAUCUAUGGAGAUUUAUUUUAAGGCAACUAGAUUGUUAUUCGAUUAACAAAGCCAAUGCAGUCCAAUUAUUAUGUAAAAUCUUGUAUAUGUAUUCAGAUUCUGUGUUUGUAUAUAGGUAUACAAAUGUUUGGUAUUGUACUAACUUUGGAUUAUCCAGGUCAACUUAGAUCCAUCUGGUGUAAAUUAGUGGUCUGUUGUCAUACAAUUCUUGUAUAAGGUUAUAAAUAUUCUCUAAUGAACCAAAGGAAAUUGGGGCUUUUGUAUGCUGUAGCAACGGUUGGAACAUGGAUCGUGGAUGAUUGUGGAUAUGUUGUAGGAAUUGGAUGUUGUAAGUUUGUAAUUGAGACACUACAUUAUUUAUGAAUAAAUAUUUUUGUUCUCUUUUGUGGCACGAUAAACACUCGUUUUAAGAU